UUUAUUUUUUUCUAGUAGUUUAGAUACUUGUUAUUUAUUUGUAAAAAACGUCAUAAUGAAAAGGAGCAUACGACAAGUGUCUCGAGCAAAGAAAAUAAUUAUUUCUUCAAGUGAUUCUGAGGAUGAACCUGCAGAUAUUUCAAAUGAUGAAAAUUAUGUUCCCACGAAAGCACCUCAGAAAAAGAGGAAGACAACUACAAAUAGUACUAAAAGAACCCUUUCAUUAAGUGAAAAUAGUAAACAAAUAGCAACAAAACUUGGAAGAAAAAAAAUAAAAACAGAACUUACAGAUAACACAAAUGAAUCAGUAGAUUUGAAUAAAAAGACACAAGAUAAAAAUGCAAAGAGGAAAAAAGAAGAAAUACAAAAUUCUGACACAGGAAAUAUUAAACAAAUAUUAAAAGAUAUAUCUUUAAAAUCUACAGAAUUGAAAGAAUGGACUGUUGAAGAUUAUGUUAGUGAAGUGAACAAUAUUGAAAAACAUAUAGUAGAAAAUGUUAUAAAGCUUUUUAAUAAUGACAAUACAAUCCCAUUUAUUGCAAGAUAUAGGAGAGAUAUGACUGAUGGCAUGGAGCCAGAUAAGCUAAGAACACUGAAAGAAAGUCUCGAUCAUGCUAAAGUUAUCAAACAACGUGCUAAUACUAUAUUGAAGUCUAUUGACAAAUUAGGACAGUGGUCUCCUGCUAUGUAUUCUGCUGUUGUAUCUGCCAAAUCUUUAGACGACUUAGAACAUAUAUAUUCUUUUUUCAAGCCAGCAUCUAAGCGAACUUUAGCAGAAAGAGCAAAAGAGCUAGGUUUGGGAUCUGUAAGUGAUUUUGCGUUACAGGGUCAGGCACUACCUCCAUUAUCUUCUUUUAUCGAUUCCACUAAGGAUGGAUUAAAAACUGAGCAACAGAUUAUAGAUGGAAUUGUACAUAUUAUAGCAGAUAGUAUAAAUAAGAAUAAAACUGUAUUUGAUAAAGUCAAAGAGCUUCAAAGCAAAUCUGCGAUAAAAAUCCAGAUUACAGAAUGUAAAACCAAUAGUAAAUCUGCAGAUAGUAAAGAAAAGGAUGCUCAUAGAAAGUAUGAAACAUAUUAUGACUUUAAUGCAAACACAAAAUACAUUAAACCUCAUCAAAUAUUAGCUAUCAAUCGUGGGGAAGCGCAAAAGUUUCUUAAUGUAAAGAUGACCAUUCCUGACUUUUUCGAAAAGGGAUUUAAAGCACACUGUUAUAAACAAUAUAACGCAGCCAUCGCAACAUCUAAAUUACAUUCUAAAUUAUUAAACGACAGCAUUAACUAUGCUUAUACAAAGCUGAUAAAGCCCUUAGUAAUACGUAGAGUGAGAAGCGAAAUGAAACAAAAAGCAGAGACAGCAUCUAUAGAAGUUUUCGUAACUAACGUUAAACAGUUGCUUCUUACUCCACCUGUACGAGGAAAGGUCAUACUUGCUAUAGAUCCAGGAUUUUCACACGGUUGUAAAUUAGCGGCAAUCUCUGAGCAGGGUGAUGUACUUGAAACAGAUGUAAUUUAUCCACACACAAAGGAAAAAAAAUCUUAUGAUAAAUCAGCCGAUGUUUUGGUAGCUUUAGUAACGAAAUAUAAGGCUACAGUUUUAGCAUUGGGCAAUGCUACAGCUUGCAGAGAAACUGAAAUGUUUCUAAACAAGUUAAUUAAGUCCAAUGCGUUCGGAUCGAUGGAGGUUUCGUACACGAUAGUUGACGAAGCCGGAGCAUCGAUUUACAGCUGUAGUCCCGAAGCAAAAUCCGAGUUCCCGGACCUCGAUACGAAUUUAGUCUCUGCUAUUUCUAUAGCGAGACGUCUACAAGAUCCACUCGCUGAAUUAGUAAAAGUAGAUCCUAAACAUUUAGGUGUGGGAAUGUAUCAGCAUGAUCUACCAGAGAAGCAAUUGUUAGCGGCAUUAAAUGAGGUUGUUUCAGAGGUUGUGAGCUUUGUGGGUGUGGAUGUGAACACUGCGUCUCAGUGUCUUUUAAGAAGAGUUGCAGGUUUGAAUGCAUCCAGGGCAAAUAAUAUUAUAGAAUGGAGAUCCGAAUUUGGACCGUUUAAAAAUAGGCAACAAUUACUGGAUGUGAAAGGAAUUGGGAACAAGGUAUUCGAACAAUGUGCUGGUUUCAUUAGGAUAUUGCCAGAGACUUCGAUGAAUGAUAAUUCUGAGAAACGCAAGCCUGCUAAGAAGUCUAAGCAGGCGUAUAACUUAUUAGAUCAAUCUUGGAUCCAUCCUGAAUCGUACAAAAUAGCCGAACGUUUCUUGAAAUAUUGUAAUUGUAACUUGGAGAAUUUCGGAACUACGGAGUUCAUCGAAAAAGUAAAAUCGUGUGCUGACGAAGGGUUUGCUAGUUUGGCCCAGAAGCUUGAUACUAACGAGACGACUAUGGAGGUGAUAGUCAAAGGCUUAUCUAUGAAGAAGGACGAGGAUAUACGAUUAAAGACUCGUACUCCUCUUUUUCGAAAGAGUUUGCUCAGUAUUAAUGAUUUGAGCGCGGGGAUAUCAGUAACGGGUGCGAUACGAAACAUUACACACUUUGGAGCGUUUGUGGAUAUAGGAGCGGGUAGAGAUGGACUUAUACCAACGAAAUGGUUAAAGAAUUCGGUAGUUUCGAUAGGUCAGCGUGUGGAGGUGAAAGUACUUUCAGUAGAUGUGAACCGCGGAAGAAUUAGCUUAGAAUUAAUUAACGUAUUAUAAUAUUUAAUAUUAUAAAUAUAAGAAUAAAUUCUAAUUUUUUACACAAGAAUCUUUAUUUUUCCCAAAUGAUAAAACGUGUCACGCAAUGAUCUUUUGUUGGACUAGGCACAGAGAAUAAAAUAUAUCCGGUAUACAUCUGUAAUUCAGCCUUUUUUUUCUCGUAAAGUAAAAACUGUUGAGAACUCUAUGAAUAAACAUAAACGCGGAAUACACGUGGAAUAGCAUUUGCAUAUUUCACGCACCACUUAUUCCGGGUUAAUGACGGAUAAUAAAUUGUCCCUUAAUUUUGGUAGAUAGAACAGUCUGUGCUUUUAUACAAUACUUAACUUACCACUAUGCUUUAAAUUGAUAUUUUAUUUAUAAUACUCUAAAUAGGUAAUGCGAUUGAUUGCAACGACCCAGGGAAUCUUAAGCGCGGCAAUACUUUACGAAAUAUGUAGCUGGAAUCGAGCUACAAAUUUCGAAUACAGAGAAGAAACAGAAUCUAUUUCGUGAGUUGAGAAGUGGCAGAGACGAAUUCUGAACACGUCCCGAGGCGUCUCUCCCUAAGGAAGGCAGUUUGAGGUUGCGCGAUGGUCAGAUGUUACUCUGCAUCGGAUGCUGCAGCGAAAAGUCACAGACGCGCUCUCAGACGUGCAAUCCUUUGAUGUCAAUUGGUUAAAUUAUUUUCGUUUCAUUUUACGUCUAUCUUUUCACUUGUGAAGAUAGAAAUUGAUCAUAAACUUACGAAAGAUC